UCCAGGAAGCAAACGGAGCAAACUUUUCCUUCUCCAGGGCGGGGCUUUUCCAUCUCGCUCGCAAUGUACCGCUAGCCGGCAAAGAAAGGGCAGAACAGAAACAAAGGUUCUUACUGGCCACUCAUUUAUGUUUGUUUGUUUGUCACCGUAUGCACAGCAUAGUACGCAGACUUUGGCAUGCCUUCCGAAAACAAUCCCAUUCGCCCUGGGCGGCCAGUAGGGUGGGCCGACCAACGUUGACGGUUCCACCGGCCACCGUGGGCCGGAUGAUCGCCACAAUCGUCCAACAUGCUGCUGCGGGCGGUGGGACUGCUGCUUUUAUCGACCCUCGUGGCGCGUUUGGAUGGCCGGUUUUUGGAAGUGAGCAAGCCGCCACCCGGAACCGUGGCGAUUGUGCCAACCGAGGACGAUGGCGAAAGUGUGCUGCACGGUCCGCUGUUUCACGAUCUGCAGCAGCUCGACCGCGAAAAAGCCAGUGAGAUGAUCUCGGUGAAACUGUUCAAUCAGUUCCACUCGAGAACGUUCGAUGUCGCCGAUGAGCUGGAGGGAAACGGCAGAGAACUCGACGCCGACCGGCCAUUACCUGAGGCUCGCGAUACUGUGCAUGACAGUCGGGACGAUUUCGGGAGGGGUUACGCGCAUCCGGUGCCACCGGUCGGGCCGAUCGACGCGAUCGAGCUGAAGGGAAAUGGGAUAGAGCAGGACCUGGCCCUGCCCGACCCGAUCGCCGACGUACGCUUGCUGGACGGUUGGGCACAGCCGGACAGUCGGGAGGCAUCUGAGCACCGUUUGGCAGAGGACAGUCCCGUUGAAGCACGGCAGGGUAAAAUAAAUUCACUGACCACCACCACGACCACCACUAGCACGACCACGAGAACGACUACCGUGCGGAAGGUACGUCGACGCAAGACACGCCAGCAAACGAGCACCAGCACCAGCAGUAGUACCAGGCCUCCCAGCACCACCAAGCGCACGGCAAGAACUACCGCACCGUCAUCGAGCAGGUUGACCACAACAAGCACAACAAGUCACAGACCGUCUCGUCCGAAGCUGGACAUCACCAGGCUCAAUCUUGACCAUCUGGAAGACGAUCUCCUACUGUCCUAUUCCGCCCGAGCAUCUCCCCAGGCUCUCGCACUUGCCGCCAGCACGAUUCCACCGCCAGUCCGCUUACUACCCAGAAGCAUCCGGCAGGAGGAAGCGGAAACGAAAGCGGUCCCUGUCCCAUCCUGUGGCUGUCAACGGACAUACCGAGCUCAGCACAGCAAACGUUCGCUUGCCAACCAUAUCUACUCGUCGGAGGAAACGAUCGAUCGCCGCGGUGACUACGACGAGUACGACGACUACGAGGACUAUGGCGAGCUGAAGUUACCGCCAGCGCCUGCACGGCCACUGCUACUGCCUGCCAUGUCCCGGCUGCUGGCAGCACCGGCGGUCGGUUCCGGCGAGCACCACGAGAGCAGUGUCGAGCGGGCGGAAAAGGUACAUGGGACACUGGAACGGUUGAUGGGCAUUGUGACCAUCUUUUCGCACGUGGACGAGUUUAUACAGCGCAAAACGAAGCAAUCGAUCCGCCGGCUGGCACGGUUGUACGAGAGUGAGGAGCUGGAUUAGGAGGAGGAGGAGAAGGAGG